AUGCUGUUCCAUCGGAGUGGACCCAAUGCUGGUCAACCACGAGGAUUUGCAUUUGUCACAUACAAGCUGAGGCAAGAUGCAGUACUGGCAAUGAACUCAUUGAAUGGACAGUUGCUGGGUUCCAAGAAGAUCUCUGUCAAGUUUGCAAAGACCACAUCAGAAGAUGUGGAUAAGUCCAAACCAGAAUUAGGUAUAGCAGCUUUGGCAGGAGCAAAACCAGAAUUGAAACUCAGCAAGAAAACUGCAAUUCAGUCUAUAGAGGCAAAGCUGAAAAUGAUGGAGAAUAUGAAGCCCGGUGAUGAUUUUGUAGUUAACAAAUUGGCUGCCAAUGAGACACCCAUAAUUGCUCAGUAUCAAACUAAGCAACAUCAACCGCCAAACAAAUCUACAAGUUCCUUUAAAAGAAGACACCCUUACCAUAAAAAAAGAUAA